CCUUUGACCUCAAAUUUAUAAAGUAAUAGAAAUCAUAACAAACACAAUAAUUUUAAGAUAACUGAGCUGCAAGGCAAAACCCCUGCCUAUGUUGAAAAACAUGGCAAAAGUCCUGCUCGUAGGGAGCGGGAUGACUGGUGCAGCGACAGCUGCUCUGUUGAGGCAGCAUCUUCCAGAAAACAGUAGUAUUUUGAUCUGGGAUAAAGCUCGAGGAGCAGGUGGCCGAAUGACAACCACUCGAUGUCCUGAAGACCCAUCCAUAACAGCAGAUCUUGGAGCCCAGUAUUUUACUCUCUUGCAAGAGUAUCGUGUAAGAAGACAAAGUGUUUAUGAUGAACUUCUUUCUCAGGGAGUAUUCACUCCAUUGCGAGGUAACAUUGAAGGUCCCAGUGAUUUCAACCAGCCAGGCUCUCAACAUUUUGUCACCCCACAAGGUUCCAACUCACUAGUAAAAUAUUUUCUGCAGAAAUCAAGUGCUGCAGUCAGGUAUCAGCAUCAAGUCUCAGAGGUGAACUUUGAUUCUGGUGGACCAGUCUCUGUGACAACACAUGAUGACAUCACAGAUAGUUUUGACAUUGUCAUUCUAACUAUCCCAGUUCCUCAAGUUCUUCAGUUGAAAGGCUCCUUACAAGAGUGGAUUGGUAGCAAUCCAGAAAUGAAAAAGAAACUACAAAAUGUUUCUUAUUCUUCAAGAUAUGCUGUUGGACUUUUUUAUCCACCAAAAACAGAGUUUGAGUAUCCCUGGUGUGCAAAGUAUAUAUCAGACAACCCAUGUCUUAGAUAUAUUGCUUUAGACCAAGACAAGAGGGGAGUCAAUAAUCCUAAUCAAGGCAAAUCUAUAGUUGUUCACACAAGUGUUCCCUUCGGUUUGGCCCACCUGGAGGUUGAUUUAAACUCUGUUAGGGAUGAAAUUCUGGGUCAUGUGAGAAACAUCUUACCACAGUUACCAAAACCCAUCAGCAUUAAACCUCAACGAUGGCGUUACUCUCAGGUACAUCAAGUGUAUGAUGGAGAACCUGGCUGUGUUGUUGUUAGUACAAACCCAUUAGUUAUUUUGGCUGGGGAUGGAUUUUCACAGUCAACCUUCGAUGGCUGCCUUGAUUCUGCAGAGGCUGUACUGAGUGCAGUGAAGACGCACUUCAAGGGCGGACUCGACAGUGGAUUGUGAUUUGAAAGACAAGCUUGCCUUCAUUCUUAAAGAGCUGAUGACAAAAUGUGACCUACUUUCCUACACACUUGAAGUCUCUCAACUUGUUUCUCUAUUUCUAUCAUUGGUGUUAGUUUUGACAUCUUUUCUUCUAAUUUCCCUUUAGGAAACCAAAGAGUAUUUCCUAUCCUAAUUAAAUAUAUUAUGCACGGACACAUACAUUUUAAAGUCAAGGCAGAUUUUGUUCUUUAUAAUAUCCCAUUUCAUAUAUGAAUAUUGGUAUUGUAAUUUUAUAUGUUUCAAUAUAUUUAUUAAGGUGAUAAACAUUUUUCUAGAUAAUUAAGCAAUCUUAGUUUAUUUUUUUGUUGAGUGGCAAGCAGGUAUUAUUGUUUUACAAAUCUCAAUGUGUGAAUUUAACAUUGUACUAUCAGAUCACUGUUAUGUCUGUGCAGAAUUUCAAAAAAAUUGUUUUAUUGGCUUUUAAAAUUUUUUCUAAUAUUGAUUUCAUUUACUUUUAUAGCAAAAAUUAGAUGACCGCUUUAAUCCAUAGUUUAUACUUUAUAUUUUAGAAACUUCACUUUUUUUUGUUGGUAUUUCCUGUAUCUAAAAAAGUAACACAAUGUUGUGUUGUUUUUUUUUCUAUGUAAUUUAUUUUUUAUAUGUUUAUUUUUUACUGUAUAAAGAAUUUUAUGAAAUGGGUUUCUUUUUCUUAUAGAAAUGCUACUUUUUUUUUGUCUGCGAGAGUUUUUUUUUAUUCAAACAAAUUCAUUUUUACUCAAAGUCAUCCAGAAAAUUAAAAGUAAUAAAUGUUUAUAAUAUACAAAUUGUUUUUAUCAGUGUUCAAUUUUUACUAUUGGGCUUUAUAAUCUCUUCAUACUAAAAAAAAAAUAUUUUUAACUGAUUUGAAAACAUUUUUAACUUUGGUUGUUGUAUGUCUUCAUACUUCACAUGUUGAUAUUGUAUAAUAAACAGAGGCCCUUCUUUUCAGAUUACAAUGUACUUUUGAUAGGGCCUGCGUUUUUACAUCUGUGUAUGUGUUUAGUAUUGGAUGUGUGUGUGUGUGUUGUCAGACUACAAUGUUUUUAGAAGGCUUCUAUUUAACACUUGUGUGAUGGUUGAAAUCUUGGUGAUACUAAAUGCAUUCAGGGAAUAUUUCAGGUAUUUUGAGUGUAGUUUUAGAUGUGAUAGAGAAAGAUAAAUCAUUGGUGGUGAUGGCUGCAUGGUCAUGAGGUAUGUGCUUUGGACAAUCGUUCAAACCCUACUGCUGUUAUCCCCUGCUAUACUGCCCAAGGUUUAGUAAAUUGGAUACCCAGUAUUUAGAAAUAUAAAAACUUUUUUGUUUUGGAUCCUACAUAGAUAAUAAAAAUAUACAUUUAUAUUGAAUACAUGUUUGUGCAUUUAUAGUUGAAAGCUAUAUAUUUUUAAUUUUAAAAAAAUUGCAUUUACAAAUCUAUAAGAUUUGUUAAAUUAAAACAUUUGAGACUGGAUAUUGUAGAUUUUUAAAAAAAUAUCCUCAGCAUAAUCAAGGCUACAAGUAAUUCAGAAUUAAUUUAUCUAAAUUGAUGUGAACAUUUUUCUUAAAUCAUACUAAUUUUUAGUCACUCUAACAUCUUAAGGUCAUGUCUCACAGGAGUUUUGGUCUCUUGACCAAUGAGUCUCAUUAAAUAUUGAAAGUAGGCUACUUGUUGUGCUUUCAGUUCUUUGUAUUGUAUAAUAGUUCCUAUACUGUUUUUUUAGUGCUCUUGUUUUGUAGGCUAGUUUUACAACUGUCACUUAGCCUAACAUGGGACUCUUGUUGAUAGGAAAUAAAAUAGAUGCCAUAUAAUGGAGUUAUUACAGACCAAGUUAGACAAUGGUAAAAAUAAGUAGUCCACCAAUUGCUCUCCCCCCAUCCCACCCCUAUAAUAGCCUAUGUGUUUUUUUUCAAUUCCUGUUUUUCAACUUAACUAUUGGCUUUUUCAUGUAAUGACACCUCGUUUAUGAUUUCUUUGGUGUUAUAUCAAUGUCCUAUAUCUAUCCUUCCUGAUCAAUUGAGGAUGUGAAAAGAAAUAUUCAUUGCAGACAAUUUUUUCCAACUCUUGAAGUCUUAAAUUAUUUGUUUUGUCACGGUCCUCAAAUUAUUGUGAUCUUUAGGAACCAGACAUUUUGUUACAUAAAAAUGUUGUAUUUUCUAUCUCCAUGCUUUAAGCACAGCUUUUAAGUAAAUAAAGAAAAAGAAAUUACUUUUCUAAUAAAAUAUUCCAAACAAAUUAAUUUUUUUUAACCUAUUUUUAAGUGGCAGCCUUAUUUAUUCUUGACUUGAAACCAAGUUUUUCUGUUCAUGCAAUCUCUGUGCCAUAUCAGUCUCCUAUGUCAUUGAUAACAUGUAGCACAUUUGUUUGCAUUCACUUUUUUGUUUUGUGCCUGAAUUUUUGUUUCCUGUAUUUUUUUUAUUGAUUUAUGUUUUUGAGUUAAUGGUUUCUUCAUUUUUAAGGUCCCAAAAUUUAAAGCCCAAAACAAAAACAAACAAAAAAAAUGCUAUUACUCUCCCUUUGUCUUCCUCCCUCUGUUUCCCCUCACCUUUUUUUUAACAAGAAAUACAAAAAAAAUUUUAAAAGAGUUUUUAUCAAUUUUUUAAGAUGCUUUUUUUUUUUUGGUUUGUUUGUUUAAAUUAUGUCAGCAUCCUUUUUUGUAAACUAAAAAAAAGGCAGAAUUAGCAACAUUCUUUAUGCUGUACUUAGAGAUUAGAAUCCCCUAAUAUGUGAUUGGUAAUACAAAUUUUAUAUGUGGCAACAUAGAUUGAACAUUUUGGAUAUUCAAGUGGUUACAUUUUCCUCUGCUGUAUCUUGUGUCCUGUAGCUCUUCUAUACAUAAUUGUAAAUCUCUUGACUUUUUGUUUUAUUGAACACCAGUUGGUAUCAUUUUUGUUCAACUUAGCAAUUUUUUGUUUGAUGUCCCAAACAUGUCAAACACUCAUGACAUAAAAAGUCCAGCAGUUUGUAAUGUUACUUUAUUAUGUUCAGCUGAACAAGUUUAUUGUUGUUGUAAUUUUUUUAAAAAUAUUUUUUAUGUGCAGGAAAUUAAUUGAAGGGUGUUUCUAUAGCUAGACUUUCUGCAUUAAAUAUGGUGUAUGAAUUUGUAAUAUUAAUCAACUUAGUACCUCUAGUAAGACAUCAAUACCUCUUAUUCAUACAUUAAUACCUCUAGCAAGGCUGCAAUACCUUAAGCAAGAUAUAUAUAUAUAUAUAUAUAUAUAUAUAUAUAUAUAUAUAUAUAUAUAUAUAUAUAUAUAUAUAUAUAUAUAUAUAUAUAUAUAUUAUUAUCUCUUUUAAAAAACACAUUUUGAAUCUUUAUGAUGUCUGAACAAUAAUUCUUUAGUUAGGCAAGCUUUAUGGUUUAAACAGAACAAAGUUUACUACCUCAAAUAUCUCAAAAAACUUCUGCAAGAUAAACAAAAGUUUUGCUUUCUGUAAGACUAAUAUCUGUUUAAAAAAAAAAGAGAUAAUCUACUUAUUUUCAGGUAAAAUGAAACCUGAAAUCUGUGCUUGACUUUGUGAACCUCAGAACUUUAUUUUUGUACAUUUCAGUGCUGUGAUACAAACAGAAUAAAUUUCAUUAGCACUGAGGAUAUUUUUUUUGUUUACAUUAAUUAAAUGUUCUGUUAAAAUAUUUUGAAAAACACAAGAAAAUUUGUAGUGAACAGAUAAAUUUGAAAUUGUGUGAUUCACAUUCUUUUAAGACAAUGUUUCUAGAUUAUUAUUGUGAUUAGAUUCAACAUCCAUUCAUUGACACUAUUUCAUUUAUUAUUUUAUCUUCUGUUACAAUUAUCUAUGUUGAUUUCCUGGGUAUGUUUGUUUUUGUUUAAAUUAGAUUUGUUUGUGUGUGCAAGAAAAUGGUUUAACAUUAUUUGUAGCUACCUCUAAAUGAAUAUAUAUUUAUAAAUAUAUACACACACACACACACUUAAAGUACCUCUGCCAAUAACCUCAACUUGCAUAAUUCUUUUCUUUUUUAUCAAUUGCUUCAUUGUGUAAAUAAUAGUUGCCAGAAAACAAAUAGAUGUCCUUUUUUUUUUUUUAAAUAUUCUUUCACAUUAAGAAACAUUUGGAAUCAGAUCUACAUUUUGAAAAUGCCUCAUUUGAGAAAUUUAAACUGUUUUUCUUAUUAUUGUAAAUCUUAUUACAAAUACUUUUGUUUGUCUAGGUCAUCAAAAAAAAAUUAUAUGCUUACAUUUUUCUUUUUUUUAAUAAUCCUAUGUGGUUUUACUGAUAUAUCAAAUUUAUAAUGUAGACUGUUAUCAAAUAGGUUUUAGAUAGCACUAUAUUAAAACAAAAUUUAAUUUCUGUUAGAAAAUUAUUCAAAUCCUUUUUUGUUUGUAAUGCAUUAUAAAAUGUGUAAAACAUUUUCUUCACUGUUUAGAAAAAAAGAAAGUUUUAUAAUGAAAGAUAUUUCCCAAAGUAAAUUCUAGGACAGAAUCUUUUGGAAUUUUGUAGAUAAUUUGUUGAACUAAACUAUUAGAGCAACUUCAUAAUGGUGUUGUCAACUUCUGAGUUUUGAUCUGAAGUUUUGCAAAGAUUGGUAGCAAUAUGAAACCUCAUAGAGUAACACAUUGGUUCAAGUAGUUCAAAGUAGGUUAAUAUAAAACUGAGUUCUUGAAGGCUAACUUUUGUUAAUUUUAAAGUUCAGUAUUUCAAAGAUUUUAAUUUUGUUCAAUUAAUAAUAUUUUUUUUAAGUUCAAUAGUUGAAUAAAGAAUGCUUUAAAAAAAAAAAACAACUAAAAUUGAGCUUAACCCUCAAGAAUGCAUGAAGAUGAUUCUGUGACAAUUUUGUAUUCUACAUUUUCAAGUCAAUAAACUCAUGAUAACUUGAGAUAAUAAGAAAAUGUCUCUUUGAUUUAUGGACACUUUGUUUUCCUCUAUUAACAUCUGUUAGGGAUAAAAACUAAAACUGUGUGUAGAGCAUCAAGUCAAAGUGACUAAAUCACUGACCUAAGUGAAAUGUUGAUACAAAACUUGUCUCUAUACCUCUUGUUACUUCAUCUCUUGAUUGUAUCUUCAAACUCAGUCUUUUCUCCGAAUGUAACUGAUGUCGAGAUUGCAUCUCACAAAUGACAAAUCGCUUUACUAAGUGUUAUGAACAAUCUUUUUUAGAAAUGAUAUUAAUUUUAAAUGACUAAUCUUUGUAAGAGUAAAAAUGUGACUACACUAACAGUAUAACUAGACUGAAGACAGACUCUGCCAGUGGAUAAAACAAAACCCAGUACGAUGGUUGAACAAUUUAUUUCUUAGACUGAGUUGACACCUUGAUUUUCAAAUUACUUAACAAUUAGUGCUCCUUUUGAAAGUUCAGUCAUCAGUGUUCCUGGUCAGCUUUUAACUACAAUUUAAGAAACUAUUUCUUAAGAGCACGACUUUAGGAAGUUAGGUGACAAAAAUUCAUUCGGAUUAUAUUUAUUUUACUUCUUGGUUUUAUUAGUUGCCAAAAAAUUGUGUGAAUUAACAAAAAAAUAGAUUAGAUGCAAAAUUCUUUUAAGUUCAUUUGUUACAUCAUACUCUUUAGGAAGGCCAUUUCUAUGAGUACCUUUUUUACCGUUAAUAUAAUGUAGCAUAGCUGCUGCAACUGUCUGAGACCUGUUCCCACCAUGAGCUUCAAAGGAUGUUCUGCGGCAUUGAAUCCUGUCAAAUAAUGUGUCUAAACUCCAGUUGUCACAUCACAGAAUUAAGGAACUCCUUGGCUUGGCUGGCUGUCAACUUGUGGCAUGUCACAAUAGAAAGUCAUAUAGUAAAAACUCACUGCAUAAUCUGGUUGAUGCCCACACAGAAACUAAUCUUUUUUUUUCUAAAUGUCAUUUGUUGUCUCUCUAGUAGCACAUCUUCAUUUCUAUAUAACAUUGACAUCUCUCAUUUGUAGCUCAAUAAGUCAAGUAAAUAUAACAUUGACAAUCCAGCUCUGAUCACUUGAGUAUUUGUAGUUUAGGUACAUUGACACUCUACAAGUCUUGCUGUGUAUUAAUAUACCUCUGUAGCUUAUAUGAGAGAUAGUAAUAAAAUGUGCAUAUUAAUAGGAGUACUGGUAUUUGGUUUAGAUUUUGAAUAUUAUUAACCAGCAUGAAUAAACAGCUUAUAUGAAAGAUAAUAAAAUUUGCAUAUUAAUAGGAGUAUUGGCUUAGAUUUGGAAUAUUAUUAACCAGCAUGAAUAAACUGUGUGUGUGAAGGCAGUAUCUAAAGGCAGCAAACACUCUGUGCAAAACUACAGUGGUCAAUAACAUUCGUGUGUUGUGUGAAAAACUAAGCUGAGAUAAUAGUCAAGCCUCUAAGGAAUCACUGGCUUAUGUAGCUGCAUCAUAUUAACACUUAGGGAUAAUCCUUGAGUUCAUUGUAUUGGAACUUUAAACCAACAAUGUGUACGUGUGUUUGAAUAGUGUGUUAGCAGUUGAAACAGGUCUGUCAAAUGUUCACUUUUGCUUCUUUGUCUCAACAAAUGUGGCUCAACAUUUGUGUUUCUAAGUGCACAACCUGAUGUUGAAACAUCAACACUUACAUUCAAUUAGUUCUGUGUAUUUGUACAACUACAGCCAUAUUGUUAGCUUCAUUGAUUGGAACUCAAACUAUCUGAUAUUGGUUUACUGAUAAAUAAAUGUCGUUGAUAACAUUUUGUUAUUGGUUCACUAAGUAAAGUGACUGGUAUUGGUAAAAUUUGAAAAGGAAAAAAAAAAGAGCUUUGUUUAAUUAAUCAACUGCUAUUAAAUUUUGUAGCUGAAAACAUUUUCUUUGAGUUUCAAAAUAAAUAAUUCACAUUAA